AUGAAGCUGCCAUUCAAAUUGUUUUCACAAUGACAGGGUCAUCUUCAAAAUUUUCAAUGCUUGAGCCUAGACAGUCAUUUUUCUCAAACUCCAGUAAUUUGUUUGUGCAGCUAUUUAUCCAAAAAUGCUUUGCUUUCAAUUUUUCACAUGUCAUUAAAGCUAAGCUCUGUUAAGAAAGAGAAGAGAAUAUUGCAUCCCUUUAUGAUGGUAGUCACAUUAGACGCUGCCAGUUUAACUUGAAAGAAAAAUCAUUAUCUUCACUGCCUUAUUAAGAGGCUUAAAAAACUUAUUUAA